AUGAAUUUUGAUGCAAAUUUGGAUAAUUAUUUUGAUGAAGAUGUUGAAUUAACAUCUGAAACCGAUCAAGGUGGUAUUGUAAUACCUAAACAAACAUGUGAACACGUUCAAUACGUAAGAUUAGUUGAAGGAUUCAGUCCUCUUAAUAAUAAACAAUGCAUCGAUUGUGAAAAUACAAUUGAAAAUUGGUUAUGUUUAUCAUGUGGUGAAAUUCAUUGUAGUCGUUAUAUUAACAAUCACGGAGAAGGUCAUUGGUUAUUUACGUUACUUACAGAUGAAAAAUAUAAUAUUGGUCAUUGUUUAACAAUAAGUCUUCAAGAUUUAUCUGUUUGGUGUUAUCCAUGUAAAUCCUAUAUAAAAAAUGUACGUCUUAUUCCAUUAAUGAAACAUCUUGAAAGAAUUAAAUUUGGUUUAUUAUCAACAAAAGAAAAUCAAAAUCAAGUGAAUUCAAAUGCAAUUACUAAAUCGGUUGUAAAAAGAAAUCUUGAAAAUCCAUCAACAAUAAUUGCUGUGCAAGAUCUUUCAUUGUUAGAUGAACUUGAAAAAACUGAUCUUCUAUCAUAUUGUUAUACACUGAAAUUUCGUUCAGCAUCCAUUGAUGAACUUGUUUGUUUACAUUCAAGUGAUUAUGUUAAUAUGAUUGUAUUAGCUGAAAAAAAUCAUUUAAAUAUUUCAAACAAUCAUUUCGAUUUACAAUACGAUGAAACAACUUUUUCUGAGGCACGUAUAAGCGCUGGAAUAACCAUUGAUGUCAUACAAAAUGUUCUUAAAAAUCAUAUAAAUGGUUUUAUACUUCUAAAAUCACCUGGUCACCGUGCUGUACGUCAUCAUGGAAAUGGAACAUCAAUAUAUAAUAAUGUAGCAUUAGGCAUUAAUAGUGUUCUUAUGGAAAAAUCCAAAUGCAAAGAACGAAAACGUUCCUUGACAUUGUAUGAUUCAAAUAAUUCUUUAGAUAUGCAAGGUGCAACACCCAUUGAAAAUGCUAUUUGUCAUAUGAUACAUAUAUUAAGUCCAGCAUCGGCAGUCGAUCAUCGAAUCAAUUGUAAAGCGUCACCGGCAAUUAUCGAUACAAAUAAUAAUAAAAUUCAAAUUGAACGUGUACUUGUUAUUGAUUUAACAUGUGAACAUGGUAGUGGAAUUCAAUCGAUCUAUUAUGAAUCUAAUCAAGUUUUUUAUAUAUCAAUACAUGGCGACAACCAUCAAGCCGAAUGGAAUUAUCGUGAAUGUGGAAAAAAUGAUGGACUUGGCUACACGAUGAAUAUUCCUUUAUCGUCUAUAGAUAGUAUUGAUGAUAAAGAUUAUAUUACUAUUAUCAAUGAACUUGUUUUACCUAUUACAAAAACAUUUAAACCCGAAUUAAUUGUUGUUUGUGUUGAUUUUCAUGUUCAAACGUUAACUCCACUAUGCUACGCUUGGAUUAUUGAACAAUUAAGUUUGAUUAGUAAUAGUAAAGUUGUUGUGGCUUUUGAUGGUAAUUUAUCAUCGAUAUCUUCAACGGUAACGUAUGUUCAAACUGUACUUUCUGUUCUUAUUGGAAAAUUAUCAACAAUUAAUAAUGAUAAAUGGGAAAAUAAUAUUAAUGUUCAUAGUGACGUUCGUCAAAAAAUCGAUCUUAUCAGACACGAACAUAGAAAGUUCUGGCCGUGCUUUACAUAA